AAUAACAUUAACAACAACAAUAAUAAUAAACAAUAAUAGUAAUGAUAAACACAGAGAGAGAGAAUAAUAGGAUCCAAGAGAAACACGUGAUGCACAACCCCAUUACUCACCACCCAGUGACUGAUGCCCAGCACGUCCCCAGGCAUUCAUCAGCCCCUUCUAGUUAAAUCCUCCAGUAUAUUCUGGGCAUGAUAUUCUGUGGCAUGGAACUACCCUCUGGGUAGUUUGGACCAGCUGCUCUGGCCAUGCUCCCUCCUGGAUUCCUGUGCAGCUCCUCAGUGGCAGAACAUGAGCAACAGAAAAGAAAAAUCCUUGUCUUGGAGUAAGCCACUACUUAACAACAGCUCCGACAAGUCUGUGUUAUCAGCAUUAUUCUCAUACUAAGUCCAACUCUGUGCUGGCUACUAUGAAGAAAAUUAACGCAGUCCUAGACAGAAUCAGGACAGCAGCUGAUUGCUUCCUCCCCCUCCCCUGCUUCUGACAGCUCAGCACACAUGGAACUUGAUGACAUCACAGACCUUGGAAUGUUGGUGGUUCCAGGUUUCCCCAGAGCCUGAGGUUUGUGGCUCUCCUCUCCCUCCUGAACACCUCCUGAUCCUGGUGUUCUGAACAGAGGGAUUUUGGUGGCCACAACAAGCACUGCUGAAGCUGCAGAAGGUGGCACACUGCUUGUCAGUGUCAACAGCCUGCAUGGCCUGCACUCCAGGAACACAAUUUGGAUUCUCCUGCUUACUGCAGCUGAGAGCAUCCUGAAAAAUGUCAAAGCCAUUUCGCAUCUUUGGGCUAAUGAUGAUGGUCUACCCAGAAUCUCAAGGUUUGCAAGGUGAUGAUAACAAUGAUGGUGGUGAUGAUGACAGCAAAGAAUCAGGGAACUCCUGCCAUUCUGACGUUCCUUCACCCUUGUGCAAGAGCAGCGACAGCAGAGAUGAAAAUAAGACAGAGGGUCAGGGAGAACCCACACUUUUCGUAACUCCUGGGGAUUCUUACAUGGUGAAAGAUAAACAGAUGGAGUUGGCCAAGCAGGCGGUGGAGCUUGAGAAGGAAGAUCAGGAGCUUCAGGAACCAUUUUACAAAGACAUGGGAAUGUCUGGCAGAUUGGAUGGAGAUGAUGAGCCCAGCCCAGCCUACCACCUUCCUGGGCAUCAGAGGUUGCCUGCCCCCCAAAAGGCCGGUACAGCACCAAGUGGCUUCCAUGACUCUUUCCAGCACAGCUCAGGCCAGCACUUGGGGACAGAGGCCGCUGCCACACAGGCCCAUGCCAGUGACCAUUUUGUGGGACACCCAGAGACCACCACGGGAGCGGAGCCCCACGUGCUGCACGGGGAGGAUGGCGAGGAUGGUGAGGACAGACAGUCCCUGUCCCUGAAGCCAGCGUAUGACUUGCUGUGGCAGGAGAACAGCAUGCUCAGGUCGGAGAACGAAAUGUUCAGGAGCGCGAACAUCAUGCUCGCAGCGGAGAACUUCACACUCAGGCAGGCGUUCAAAGAGCUCACGAAGGACAGGGCUGUGUUCAUGGCCGAGGACAUGGUGCUCCGGGAGGAAUACGACGUGCUCAGGGAGCAGUAUGACAGGCUCGGGGGUGAGAAUGAUGCACUCAGGAAGGACAAUGUCAUGGUCAGGAGAAUGUUCCAGACCUUCCAGAACAACUUGAAGAGACAGGUGUGCAUGGUGGCGAGCUUGCAGGAUCAGCUGAAGGCCAGCCAGGCUGAGCGGGAGAGGCAAGUCCAAGAGCUCCAAUCCUUAGUCCAGGAGACUGAAUGUCAUCUUCAGAUAAUGACCCAGCGGGCUCUGAAUGCCGAAACAAACAUGGAGAGGCUGAAGCAGAAGAUCUUUAUUCUCCAAGGACAGCUGGAGAGAUGCAAGCUGGGGAAUGAAAACCUGAGAACAGACUGGUCUAGAAGCAGUGAAACAGAACUUAGGCUUCACCAGGCAAAACCCCCACGAGCUCAUAAUGGGCAAAGAUGCCUCCCUCAGGUAGUUCCUGCCUCAGAAAUGCUGCCCAUUGUUACUGAUGUCCUUGAAUCCACCAGAAAAAUUCUCAAAUUUUAAGCAAAGAAAGAUCUAUGAGUGCAGUUCUUUGUGAGUUCUAUGGAUCCGUGCACGGUCCGAGGCCAUCGUUCUCCCACUUGUAACCAUCUACUGCAAAUAAAAGCAUUUACUUUGCCACUGUCAAAUGUGUGUGCUCACACUGGUAGCCUUCAUCCUUUACGGAAAUACUUUCCUUGUGGUUAGGUACCAAUUGCAGGUACUGGUGUGACUUUAGCUGCUGAUACUCUGUUCGGGCUCUGUGGAGCCAGCAGCAAAGGCUGCCCAGGCUCUGAGCUGCACGGUCCAGCCUUGGUGGACUCUGCAAGAGGCUCUGCCACAGCCCGGCUGACAUGAGCUUCCAUGUGGGAGCUAGGAGGAAGCACAGGAUGCAGUGCUCUUACACAGUGUGCUCAUCCCACCCCAUAGCUGUACCAGCCUGAACUGGAGAUGAACAAAGCCCUUGUAUUUCAUCUUUGUCCUUUGCCCCUUUUUGGGAAGGGGGGGAAGGUGGGGAGCAGAGAUCCAGGUGUUGCUGCACAUGGUUUCGCAGAGGGCCUUGGGUCCUCCUCCCUUUCUUUUGGAGCUGGCUGCUGCCGGGGCCAGAAAUCCAAAAUCUCUAGAAAUGGUGCACCUGUUUCUGCAGCUGGAGAAAGAGAGAUGUUGGUUGUAGAAACUUCCAGGAAAUUGUGAAUUACUCAUAU